CUCGCCGCCAUGUUCGGGGACCGGGCGGCCGGGAUGCCCGGCUUCGGCGGCAACGGCGGCCAGUUCGGUGCCGCGGAGGGGGGCGGCGGCGGCGAGCUAGGCGCCGCGUCCCGGGAGGGGUCCUCGGUCUCCGACCCGGCGUGGGCGUACGGCGCGAAUGCCAGGAAGCGGAAGGCGCCGGCCGCGGGCGCCGGCAAGGGCAAGGAGACCGCGUCCUGUUUCGCCAAGAUGGGAGAGCCGACGGGUCCCGACUCGAAGAAGUGCAAAAUUGAGGACGAGACCGUGAGGCCCAAGGUGGAGGAGGAGGCGGCCACUGCCACGGCCAGCGAUGGGUCGGCCGGCGGGGAGAGAGGGCGCAAGCAGGCCAAGGGCAAGGGCUCCAAGUCCAAGCAGCCGGCGGCGGACGAGCCGCCCCGGGACUACGUCCACGUCCGGGCCAGGAGAGGCCAGGCAACCGACAGCCACAGCCUUGCUGAGAGGGUUAGAAGAGAGAAGAUCACCCUCAAGAUGAAGAUGCUCCAGGACCUGGUGCCAGGAUGUAACAAGGUGAUUGGCAAAGCGCUCAUGCUCGAUGAGAUCAUAAACUAUGUUCAAUCGCUGCAGCAGCAAGUCGAGUUCUUGUCCAUGAAGCUCUCGACCGUGAACCCGCAACUUGACUUCGACACCUUGUCGAACCUCCUACACAAAGAUAUGAACCAAGCACUCGGCCCCUCGGCGAGCACGGUCUUUCCAUUGGAGAGUGCUGGCACGGUGUACCCAUUGUGUGACCAAGCAGACCUUUACCAGUCCUUCAGCUCGGGUGCUAUGGAGAACCAAUGCUCCAUGGGUCUGUUAGACAUGGCUCUACCGCCCGCACCGCAGUACCCUUUUCAAAAACAGCAACAGGAUUUCUGGGAGGCGAGUGCCCAAAAUGGCCUGCAUAUGGACCACGAGCAAAGCCAGGAGAAUGCGGGUUCGGCGCCGAAUUUCGAUGGUCAGUUACAAGCAGCAGAUCAUCCAGAGAUUGAGUUCUAGACGAUCACAGGAUCACUGAUAAUCACCAAGGCCCAUAUUUUUGUACAUAAGAAAAGUAUGGCGAGUGAAGCUCCUAAGCUAACGGUCUUUUGACUUCCGGACUGAGAACUGAUUUGAUCAUCCACAUCCGAUGCCGAAUGGUACCAAGACGGCGGGGAUCGGGGACACUAGAAUGAAUCCCAGCUGAACUACCAUCCUCUCCUUGAUUCUUCUCGUGUUGAUGAGAUUAUGUGGUCUCAAAAAUAGUAAAUCAUGUACUUAGAUAUGGUGAAAAUAUUUAGAAUCACCAUCAUCUCCCCUAAUGUGUAAGAACUCGGCAGAUAUUGGGACGAUACUACUACCAUGUACUUCUAUUUUGCAUUUGUCGUGGAAAUGGCAAUUAUGAACAUAUAUACUACCAAUGCA